CAAACGUAUAACGUGCGUUAUCGGCAAUCGGUGGUUCACAUGUUUUGCGGCGUGCGUUGAAAUAGUUUAUUAAAAAUAAAGAAUACGCGCAAAGAAAGGCAUGGACAUUGACGAGCUUUUUGACUGCUUCAACGAGGUGGCACCGGAGAGCCUUAAAGAUCCUCCACCGGCGUUCACCAAGGAGCUGAAGCAACCGGCGGAGACUGGCGGCACCCAAGACGUGAAGAAGGCGAGCAAACGCCAAGUGAAGGAAAAACAUGAGGCGAGUGAUGCGAAGGCAGACGAUAAAGAGGAGACCGAGGAGGAGCCCACGAAGCGGCUGAAGCAGGAAGGCAAAGUCAGCAGCGAGGAAAUGGAGGAGGAGUCGAAGGCGGAGGCGGACGAUGGCGUUAAGGAUGAAGAAGAGGAGGAUUUGGCUAACCUGGAGGCCUUAAGCACGCGCAUUGUGACCCACGUGAUAGAUUCACCCGAAUCGUGUACACACGAGGUGGCCGUCCAUCCCGACCAGGAGUUCAUACCCCUGGAGCCGUUUAACGGUGUGCCGGCCAAGGAAUACGCCUUUGUGCUCGAUCCCUUCCAGCGCGAGGCAAUCAAGUGCAUCGACAACAGCCACAGCGUCCUGGUCUCCGCCCACACAUCGGCGGGCAAGACCGUGGUGGCCGAGUAUGCCAUCGCCAAGUCGCUGGCCGCAAAGCAGCGCGUAAUCUACACUACGCCCAUCAAGGCUCUGUCCAACCAAAAGUUCCGCGAGUUCACCGACGAGUUUAAAGACGUCGGUCUGGUCACGGGCGACGUAACCAUCAAUCCGUCAGCCUCAUGCCUGAUCAUGACCACUGAGAUUCUGCGGAACAUGCUUUAUCGGGGCAGCGAGAUCAUGCGCGAAGUGGGUUGGGUGAUCUUCGAUGAAAUUCACUACAUGCGCGACAAGGAGCGUGGCGUCGUAUGGGAGGAGACCCUCAUCCUGCUGCCGGACAAUGUGCGCUAUGUGUUCCUUUCGGCCACCAUUCCGAAUGCCCGCCAGUUCGCCGAGUGGGUUUGCCACCUGCACAAGCAGCCGUGUCAUGUCGUCUAUACCGAUUACCGGCCAACACCGCUCCAGCACUACAUGUUCCCAGCCGGUGGCGAUGGCAUCCAUCUCAUUGUCGACGAGAAGGGACAUUUCAAGGAGGACAACUUCACCACAGCAAUGGCGGUGCUUUCUACUGCGGGUGAGGCUGCCAAGGGUGAUCAGAAGGGACGCAAGGGCGGCAUGAAAGGCGCGAAUGCGGAUCAGACGAACAUUUUCAAGAUCGUCAAGAUGAUCAUGGAGCGCAACUUUGCUCCGGUCAUUAUUUUCUCAUUCAGCAAAAAGGAGUGCGAGGUCUAUGCGAUGCAGAUGGCCAAGCUGGACUUCAAUUCGGCGGAUGAGAGGAAGCUGGUGGACGAGGUUUUCAAUAACGCCAUGGACGUGCUCAGCGAGGAGGAUCGUCAUCUUCCGCAGGUGGAGAAUGUGCUGCCCUUGCUCCGUCGAGGUGUUGGCAUCCAUCAUGGCGGCUUGCUGCCCAUUCUCAAGGAGACCAUUGAGAUCCUCUUCGGUGAGGGUCUGAUCAAGGCCCUCUUUGCCACCGAAACCUUUGCCAUGGGCCUCAACAUGCCGGCCAGAACGGUGCUGUUUACAGCUCCCCGAAAGUUCGAUGGCAAGGACUUCCGUUGGAUCAGUUCCGGCGAGUACAUCCAGAUGGCGGGUCGUGCCGGUCGUCGCGGCUUGGAUGACAAGGGAAUUGUGAUCCUGAUGAUUGACGAGAAGGUAUCUCCGGCCGUUGGUCGAGAAAUUGUGCAGGGCAAGGCUGAUCCCAUUAACUCUGCCUUUCACCUUACAUACAACAUGGUGUUGAACCUGCUGCGCGUGGAGGAGAUCAAUCCGGAAUAUAUGCUGGAGCGGAGUUUCUACCAGUUUCAGAAUCAGGCCGCCCUCCCCGGACUGCAUGAGAAAGUGAAGAAGAAGACUCAAGAGCUGAACAAGAUGAAUAUUAAGGACGAGCACAAUAUUGCCUCCUAUCACCACAUUCGCUCCGAGCUGGAUCUCCGCGGCAAGCAGUUCCGACAGUGGAUCACAAAGCCAAAUUACUUGCUGCCCUUCCUGCAGCCCGGUCGGCUGGUAAAGGUGGCUGUAGGCACACAGGAAUACGAUUGGGGCAUCAUUCUGAAUUUUAAAAAGCAGGACCAAAAACGAAAAAACCCCCUGAAGGACGAACCAAGCGUUACCAUCGACGUGCUGCUGCAUGUGAGCGAAGCGGCCGCCAAAUCCGGUGACACGGAGCCGUGCCGGCCCAACGAACGUGGCUGCAUGGAAGUGGUUCCGGUGUCCAAUACACUCAUCACUCAGAUCAGUUCGAUCCGCGUGUACUUCCCCAACGAUCUGCGCAGUGCAGACAAUCGGAGGGCCGUGCUUAAGACCAUCCAGGAGGCCAAAAAGCGGUUUCCCUUGGGGCCGCCAGUCCUUAAUCCCAUUGAUGACAUGAACAUCAAGGAACGCGAGUUUCGGGACAUUGUGGACGGCAUCGCCCAAUUCGAAAAGCGGCUGGAGGAUCAUCCACUGCACCAGUCGCCGGAGUUGGAGAAAAUUCAUCGUAGCUACCAGGACAAGGUUAAGCUGCAGACAGAACUGGGCGACCUGAAGGCCGAACUGAAGGCCGCCAGGAGCUUGUUGCAAAUGGAGGAGCUGAAGCACCGGAAACGUGUACUUCGCCGGAUGGGCUACUGCAAGCCGGGUGAUGUCAUCGAGUUCAAGGGCCGCGUAGCUUGCGAACUGAGCUCUGCGGACGAACUCCUGAUGACAGAGAUGAUCUUCAACGGCGUAUUCAACGAACUCACUGCCCCUCAGGCGGUGGCCCUGCUCUCCUGCUUUGUCUGUGACGAGAAGUCCGCCGAAUCGCCCAAGAGCGCCACAGAGCUAUCGGGACCACUGCGCUCCAUGCAGGACCUGGCCCGACGCAUUGCCAAGGUGUCCACCGAGUGUAAGCUUGAUUUGGACGAGGACACAUAUGUGGACAAGUUCAAGCCUUUCCUGAUGGACGUUGUGCUAGCUUGGUGCAAGGGUUCCAGCUUCAUGACUGUCUGCAAGAUGACCGACAUCUUUGAGGGUUCCAUCAUUCGCUGCAUGCGCCGACUAGAGGAGCUGCUGCGGCAGAUGUGCCAGGCCUCCAAGACCAUCGGCAAUACGGACCUGGAAAAUAAGUUUUCGGAGGGAAUCCGUUUGCUCAAGCGCGACAUAGUAUUCGCAGCCUCGUUGUAUCUGUAGGACCUUAGAGAAAGCUAGUUUAUGUGCACCCAAGUUAAUCUGUCGGAAUUAUUAUAAAGGAAGAGACUGGCAAACCCUCUAUAUACAUUUAUAAGCAAAAAAGUUAUGUUGGACGAACUUUAGUGUAAGAGGUGGCAGUCCCACUAUGGAUUGUUGAAAAACUGGAAUUACUUUGUAUAUUUUAUGUUUAUAUGACUACCGAAAUACCAGAAUAAAUAAGAACCCCGUUUCAAAUUAA